AUGCAGUCUGUUAUGGAAGUGAAAGUUCCAAAGACACCCCGCCGGCCAAAUUGGACCGAGAAGGAAAAACUGGUUUUGGUUGAGGCGGUCCGACAACGCGAGGACCGCCUCUUCGGAAAAAUGAAAGGGUCGGGGGGUGUCAAAAAUGUGAAACUCAAAGAGGGGGCGUGGGAGAAGGUAGCAGAGGCGGUGAAUGCACAGUCCGAUACAGUUGAAAGAACUGUUGAAGAAGUCUGGAAGCAAUAUGCAAACAUCAAACAAAGAGCUAAAGAAAAAUCAGAUGCAAUUAGACGUCCUGUCACUGGUGGAGGUCCAAAACCCCCCUCUCCUUCUCCAGUGGAAACAGAAAUACUAAAUCAUCUUGAAGACAGACCCACUCUUUGUGGUCUGUCUUCAGGUCAUGAUACAGAAGAAGUAGUUCUUGGUUGUCUUCAAAGUACUGCUGGUGAUUCAUUCUCAGAGGUGCUAGCUAGUGGAGAUACUUGCUUAGGAAACAGUAUUUCAUGUACAAACAUGGAAAUUCCUAUAAAUAACAGCACCCAGUUUGGUCAAAUUAUUGAUCUACAGUUGCCAUCAACUAUCUCAACUAAGACAUCCAAAAGGAGGAAAACCAUGGAGGAUGAGGAGAUUAAAACCCUUAAGGCAGAGAGGGAGAAGUAUAUUCAGGAGACAAUCAAGCUGAAAGAAGAAGCUGAAUAUUAUAGAAUCAAAACAUUGUUCUUAAAAAAGAAGAUUAAUGAAAUGUCACAAUCAAAAAGAAAUUCAGAACAAUAA